CCUCCGCAUCUACAACCAACACAAUCCGACGCAACGCGAUCUGCCCAACCCCACGGCAUUUGCGGCCAACAAUCCCACUUUGCUUCUCUGGAUGUCUUUAUAUCUCUCUCUCUGAAACACUUGAUUGCUCUGUACUCCACAACCGCAACUACAAUCACAAUCAACCAACCCAUCACCACAACCGCUUCCGCUUCCACUUCCACCGCCACUCCUAUUCCCAGCCUUGUCCUUGCUUUGCUUACUAUCCCUUCCUUUCCAAUUACCCUCUCUUCCCUGGAUAUCACCUACCCAGGUGCGACGCCACUGUCACUGCCCUGUCGCCCUGAGGACCCAUACUGAGCCACUACCACUUCCUCCUACCCUACGGAGCAUUCAUGUCCUGUGUCCCCUCUGGCUUCGUUGCAUGGUCCGACGUCUCAUCCCGGCAGCACACAGAAUAAAUAUGUCACUAGACCGAAACAGCCGGAUCCCAACUGGAAGUGACGUCUCAGCUAAGAUGGCCAACUGCAAGAGAAAACACGACGUCGUCGUCGUCGACCCUACCAACCCCUCCACCUCCAAGCGUCCUAGAUCCACCCACCCACAGCACUUCAACCUCGCACCCACAGAGGAGCGGGUUCGCCGAGCAGCUACUCUACUACGAAUGCCCGUGACACGCCUGCGGUCAGUUAUCUCCGACCUCGAGGAGGAAGAGCCUGAGCAGGAGCCCGAGCAGUUUGUGCCGUACUAUGACUGGCCGCUUUCUCACCAACCACUCAGAAUGAAACGCGCAAUGGGCCGGGGGAGGAGCACCCCGAAGCCUCGGUCAACUGGUUCUAUGGGCGAGAAAGCUGUGGGUGGGGAGAUAAAUAAUUACACGGGAGGACAAGGAGAGAAGUCAGUGCCACAGUGGAUGGGCCAAAUGGAUGGCUCGUCAGAAUUUUUGGAACCUGCAAGUCAAGGUGGAAGAGAUAAUACCUUUUGUUUCCCGAAGGAGGUUUUGGUGGAUUUCUUCUCAAAUUGGUGCUCUGUGGACGACGAACCUUCACAUGGCAAUGGAUACGAAAAUCAAUCGAUGCUACCACCUGCUUCGGCUUCGGCACCUCAGUUUGUGGGAGCUCAGUUCAUGGACAGCUACUCCCCGAACUAUGGAACCUCGAUGACUAGCCUUCCCUAUGCCUACGACAGUGGAGGCCAUAAUAGCUUUGCUAUGGAAACGUCCUUUAGCUGUGACACCCCUGAAUUCGGCGGUCCAUGGAUGCAGCCCCUCCAACAAUACCAAGUUCAGACCCAACCUCUUAAGCAGGAGAUGACCUAUCUCCAGCUUCCUAGCUAUACAGAAUUCAACCCAUCCUUUGCGAAUACCAAUGGAUAUCUCGAAGUACCACCCCCAGACUCUGGCUUUGUCUCCGAUGCCAACCUUUCGCAACGGAAGUCAGAGACCAGACACGGCUCCGACAGCGGCCGUAGUAUAGAAGAUACAGAGUCAUCAGUGACUACUGUACCAACGCGCCGAGGGCCAUUCAAGAGCCAGCAUGACCGAGACCAGACCGCGCAGACUCGGAAGGACGGGUGUUGCCUCCGCUGCCGGCACCAAAAAAUACGUUGCAUCCCGGAUCCUGCCGACCCCAAAGGCGUCUGCCUCACCUGCAAGAACGUGAAGGCGGCCAACAUGAAGGUUCAGAAGCCGACGUGUAUCCGCCACAGGAUCACAGAUGUUCGCCUCUACAAGAUGGGGCAAGUCCCAGGGUUCGAGUGGAGCCAACGGUGGUCGAACCGGACGCUGAAGGAAAUGGGUACGUGGGCGAGCGUGGAUACGAUCACCAUACAGGUUAGCGAGGGAUAUACUUCCACGCCGCUGAAGUUGGUGGUUUCCCAGUUUAAGCCGAUGAAGGGAGAUGUGCUGGAACGCAGUUGGGUGAGUAGUGCGGGCGUGAAGAAGAAGGUUGCGAUCCCUUCAUACGCUAUCAAGGACCUGGCUGCGGCACGAGACGCAUAUAAGAACUACAUUAAUCAAGGCGGACCGGAAUUCUUCCAGGGAGCUCUAGACCCCAAGGACAGGUUCCUCUGGAUGACGUAUAAUAUGGCCAUUACCACCUCUAAUGAUCCGGAUGUUCCAAUGGUCCAACGCAAACUCCUCACGAUGGUCCUCCAACUUUGGGUUGCCAUCCGCCUGAAUACAAAGUCGACCAACAUAGUCGGCCCCGAGACCCUCGGCAUGACCCCCGACAUCUUUGAUGCCACGCACCCAACGCCAGGCCGCAUCCCCAUCCCGCCCAUAAUGGGUAACCAGAUCGAACUGAUCCUAUCUCGGGACAUCCAAGACCCGCUGCGGUCCGACAUUCUCGAUGCGCUGCAAAAGUUGAUAUAUUCUAACAAGCCCGGGUUCUGGUUCACAAUCUACUUGUGCACGUUCAUCUUGCUGCAUAACUGCUCUAUGAUCACCAAGCAUGACUCGGCAUACGCGAGGAAGCAUGGGUUACAGGCCCGAUUCGCACGACCGGCAAUGGUGGCGGAAUAUCAUGCCGGAGCCAUGGCACUGCUUGCGCAUUUCCACCUUUGCAAUAAGGGCUCGUACCCGUUCAGCGCGGCGGCGGGCGAGAGGGCGGAUAUUUUGACUAACGCGGGGUUGACGGAGAAACAGAGCAAGUUCAUUGAAUCGACGAGAAAAUUCGUUAAUGUUAAUGCGGUCCGUUUUGAGGAGUUCCGAUGGGCAGAAGCAUUCGAUAAUGACUACUAUUUCAUAUCCCAGUUGUACGAGCAAGACUGGAAACCUCGUAUCAAGAUCUGAGUUUCUUUGGCUGAGGAGGCUCCUACAGCACACCACACACUUUUAUAAGAGUCAUGGGGCCCAAGCAUGCAGUCAUUGAUGAGAGUUAUUAUGAAAUAUGAAACAGCCGGAAUGCUACGUAUACAUUGCACUUGCAUUGCAUGGCAUGGCAUCCACAUGCAGUUCGCCGAGCUUGGACGAGCAAACAAAUACGUUUUCUACUUCAUUGCUUUUUUUGUGCUUUAAAAAUAUGUAUAAUAGCAAACAAGCCCAAUCAGCAGGAUUCUGGGAAAAUACCCAGGGAACUGACGAUCCUGCGGAUGGAGAAAUGGAGUCCGGAGGAAUCUGUAUGUCUAACCUAUCGCGAAUGGUAGCUCUUUCCAUAAUCCAAGAACGCUGGAUAGGAAAUAUAGGCAGCUAGCCGAAACACCAGAAACCCACUUAUCCCAAUCCUCCAAUCCCGCCGCACUCCCACCCAACUAAACCCAUCACCCAAGCAACAUACACCCCAUCCAACAACAACCCAAACGCUCAUUGGAUAGAUAAUAUAGGCAUCCACGCCUCCAUGGAUUCUGAGGCUCAAGUGUCGGGAUGGUGAUUGGGAGACGCGUCGUGAGUGGGGGAGGAGUCAUGUGUGUGGGUUUGCGUGAUGACGAUUCCUGUGCGAGGGUUUGAGGCUCUGUGGGUGGCAGGGCUAAAGUGGGUCGGCGGCGGGAUGGGGGGGGUUGUUCGUUUCGUUUCAUUUCAGUUUAUGGUUUAGUGAUAGGGACGGAGGAAGG